AAGCUUCCUAGCCAGCCAUCUGCUUGCGUUUGCUUUAAAAAUUGUGUUCGGUUAUUAUAAUAAUAAUAAUUAUAAUUAUUUAUUUAUUUAUUUAUUUAUUUUAAACGACAUUUGAUAUGAAGUAAAAAGCGCGUGUGACCGUUGUGCUGUGUGGAGCACCAAUCAGCCACAGAUUGUCAUAAUGUUGGCCCGCAAAGGCCUUUUGUCUGAUGGUUUCCUUUUGACACGACUUGCAGAGGAUGCCACACAACCCAGUCGCAUCCGACCAAAGUCACAGAGGGCACGUUUCAUCACCAAGAGCGGGUCUUGUAAUGUUGCCCACAAGAAUAUACGAGAACAGGGCCGGUUCCUCCAAGAUGUUUUCACCACCAUGGUGGACCUCAAAUGGCAGCAUUCCCUGCUCAUCUUCACUUCGGCGUUCCUUUGCUCCUGGAUGCUCUUUGCCAUGGUGUGGUGGCUCUUAGCAUUCGCUCACGGUGAUCUGGAGCCUCGAGAUCCCAACGAGCCUGGGCCUGUGCCAUGUGUCACUUCCAUUCACUCCUUCACCUCUGCCUUUCUGUUCUCUAUCGAGGUGCAGGUGACUAUUGGUUUUGGAGGAAGAAUGGUGACUGAGGAAUGUCCACUGGCCAUCAUAGUCCUCAUUAUCCAGAACAUUCUGGGCUUGAUCAUCAACGCCAUCAUGCUGGGCUGUGUUUUCAUGAAGACAGCUCAAGCCAACCGGAGAGCAGAGACCCUCAUCUUCUCGCGUAACGCAGUCAUUGCACCGCGGAACGGCCGACCAACGUUCAUGUUCCGUGUCGGGGAUCUGAGGAAGAGCAUGAUCAUCUCGGCCACCAUACAGCUGCAGGUGAUUCGGCGGACAGUGACUGCGGAGGGUGAGGUGAUUCCUGUUUGCCAGCUUGAUAUCCAGGUGGAAAACCCUCUCAGGAGCAAUGGCAUAUUCCUGGUCUCGCCACUUAUAAUCAGUCACACCAUUGACAGAGGAAGUCCGCUGUACGAGGUCUCAGCACAGUCACUGGCUACCGAAGACCUGGAGAUCAUUGUCAUUUUGGAAGGUGUUGUUGAGACCACUGGCAUCACAAUGCAGGCCCGCACAUCCUACACACCAGAGGAGAUCUUGUGGGGUCGACGCUUCGUCUCCAUUAUGACAGAGGAAGAUGGGCGCUACUCUGUCGACUACUCCAAAUUUGGAAACACCGUCCCAGUCCGCAUGCCGGCUCUCAGUGCUAAGGAGCUGGACCACACCAGAGGUGUGCAAGACAGUGGACCCCACGAGGGUAAACCUCAGGGCUGGGGGCUGGUGAGGGCAGGACGGGGUGGUUACAGGAGGGGUGGUGGCAGGGCCUGCGAUGACAUGACAGCCAAGCCUUGGUACGUGCAAACAGAGAAGGAGGAGGAGAAGAAGGGUCAAAAGAAAACAGUGAAACUUGAGGAAAUAGGCAGAGAGAUGGAAGAAGAAACAAUGGAGGACAUGAGUGAUUAGAACAAAAACAUUUAUUUGGUUUUUCAGAUAUGGAAGUAGAAAUAACAGCAGUUACUUGUAACUAGUUUGCAUGAAGGGUUAGUUCACCCGAAAAAUUCUGUCAAUAUUUACUCACCCUCAUGUCGUUCCAAACUCACAAGGCUUGGAUUAAACCGCUAAAUCCAUAUGCUUUUUUUUUUACACCUUCUUUAUAACCUUUUGGUUUUUGUUACCUGGUCUUGUAAUGGGUGGACAGAAGUAUUGGAGGUUUUAUUCAAAAUACCUUAAUUUGUGUUUCGAAGAUUCGCCAAAGUCUUAUGGGUUUGGAACAACAUGAGGGUGAGGAAAUUAUGACAGUAUAUUCAUUUUUGGUAAACUAUCCCUUUCAUAGUCAAGAAUAUUAUAAAUAAUAGUCUCAAAUAGGUUUUUUACUACACAUGUUUUGUAAACUGUCAAAACUUGCACAUCUGCGGUUGUUUGCACAUCUCCGCAUUGUUUUUGAUUACCUCUGAGAAUUUCUUGUUGAUUUUGUCCUUUUCUGCAAGCAAUAUAAUGAAUUUUAGGAUUGUUUUAACCGAAAAUGUGGUAUCUUGGCAGUACUGGUAAAGAUAUGGAC